UUGAAGAGACUCAGUAGUUUUCUUGUUGCCAUUUUAAUGGGUUUUAUUUGUUCUUCACAAGCUUAUAAUUUUUAUGUUGGAGGAAGAGAUGGAUGGGUUGUGAACCCUUCUGAGAAUUACAAUAACUGGGCAGAACGAAAUAGAUUUCAAAUUAAUGAUACUCUUGUGUUUAAGUAUAAGAAGGGAUUGGAUUCUGUGUUGGUUGUGAAUAAAGAGGACUAUGAUAGUUGUAAUACAGCGAAGCCUAUGAUGAAGAUGGACGAUGGUGAUUCGAAGUUCACGUUUGAUCGAUCUGGUCCUUUUUACUUCAUUAGUGGAAAUCAUGAUAACUGUGAGAAAGGUCAGAAGUUGAUCACCCUUGUUUUGUCUGUGAGACAUCGCCCUAUACUUUCUCCUCCACCUAAGGUUCCUGCACCUUCAGGGUCUCCUUCUCCAAUGGCUUCACCUCCUAAGGGUAUGUUACCUUCUCCUAUGGCUUCACCUCCUAAGGGUAUGUCACCUUCUCCUAUGGCUUCACCUCCUAAGGGUAUGUCACCUUCUCCCAUGGCUUCACCUCCAAAGGGUAUGUCACCUUCUCCCAUGGCUUCACCUCCAAAGGGUAUGUCACCCUCUCCCAAGGCUUCUCCUCCAAAAGCAUGGUCACCCUCUCCCAUGGCUUCUCCUCCAAAGGGUAUGUUACCUUUUCCCAUGGCUUCACCUCCAAAGUCUAUGACACCUUCUCCCAUGGCUUCACCUCCAAAGGGUAUGUCACCCUCUCCCAUGGCUUCUCCUCCAAAGGCAUGGUCACCCUCUCCCAUGGCUUCUCCUCCAAAGGGUAUGUCACCCUCUCCCAUGGCUUCUCCUCCAAAGGGUAUGUCACCUUCUCCCAUGGCUUCUCCUCCAAAGGGUAUGUCACCUUCUCCCAUGGCUUCACCUCCAAAGUCUAUGACACCUUCUCCCAUGGCCUCUCCUCCAAAGGGUAUGUCACCUUCUCCCAGGGCUUCUCCUCCUAAGGCAAUGACUCCUUCUCCCAGGGCUUCUCCACCAAAGGCAAUGACACCAUCUCCCAUGGCAUCUCCACCAAAAGCAAUAUUGACACCAUCACCCAUGGCUUCUCCACCUCAUGUUGCAACACCUCCAUCGCCAUCAUCAUCAUCAUCAUCAACAUCUACUGCUCCAAGUCCGGUUGUAACUCCUCCACCAGCUCCAGCACCGUCGAAGUCGUCGGCACCGUCGGGAUUAGCAGUCUCAAUUAAGUUGGUUACAUGGGUUUCUAUUUUUGUGAGUUUAUUAGCAUCUGGUAGCCUUCUGUGA